AUGCCCCCAACUAUCCCUAUUAAUCAUUACUUCAGUCUUAGAAACCAACAAAAUAAGACCAAAGUCCUAUUCUAUUAUUCCAUGCUAAUGACGACCGCCCAGCCGAGCCCAAAAUUCGACUACGAGCUUUUUAACUGCAACAACUUUAAUAUACGCUAUUGGAGCUGGAAUUACCGCGGCUGCUGGCACCAGACUUGCCCUCCAAUUGUUCCUCGUUAA